UGUUGUUUCCUUGGGAGGGCAAUUUCUGUCUGUACUUUGAAGGAGGCAUAGUUAUCACACAUUACUAUCCCCCCCACCACCACAUUCUUUACCUCUCUCCCAGCUUUUAAUAAAAGAUGACAUCAGAUCUUGAGGCAGUUGGGCCACAAUUCUUUAGAAUGCUUAUACCCCAGGGGCAUUUCCUGUUCUAGUCAUGUUUUUCCAGUUGAGUAUUGGCGUUUCCCUGAGGCUUGCUCACAGACAUUUCUGAUUGAAGACUAAGGAUGGUUGAUACAAUCAUUCAUGUCACCUUUCCCAUCCUCUGGAAUUUACAUUUCUUUCUCUGGGCUGGUCCUGGAAGUUGACACUUUUUGGCAAAGCUUAGAUUUAGGAGAAGUCUUUCAAGUCCCUGUUCAGAUGAUCUGUGGUUUCUCUGCUUCCUCUCCCUCUGCAGCCCUGGCAGAUCCUACCGUCUGGAUCCCGAAUGGAAAAUAGUACUGAGAUGAAACACAUUCCUGGGGUAUUUAAACUCUCACUCUGCCACCUUUCUAAGAGUGGGAGGCUGGCAGAGAGAUGCUGCAGUGCUUGAUAAUCAUUUGGCCACAUUGAAAUUUCCAAAGGGAACUCUUGCUGGUGCUUAAACCCAAAAUUCCUGAACACCUGAGAAUGCACGAAUAUAGCACAGAAUAUCCAUUCUUGCCCCAGUGUACCCCCUUCCCCUCCAUCUUAAUCUUUAAAACAAAACAAAACAAAAAACCCAAGCCCAGGCCCAGGGUCAUUUUUACUUGAAACCAGGAGAGUGGGGGAGUAACACGAGAGACGAGGGGCAAGCUGUGUGGUGAGGCAUCCUGCUCCUGGUGUCUGUUCCAAUCACUGAGGACUGUGAGCCAGUGCCUUUCCUUCGCCUGGAGAUGGAGCACAUCUCUCCACCUGGGUGAGGAGACCCUCUGCUACCCAGGGGUGAACCUUAAAGAGGGUGUCUUGGAGAGCCCAGAAGACACAUUUUUCGGGUGUCCAUUUUAAGCAUCUUUAAAAUGUUUUAUAUAUUAAAAAAAAAUAAUGUUCUUCCCUGUCUUUGUGCCACCAGUGGCCCAGUUCCAUCCAUUCUGAAUGGAAAAACAGAGACUGCCAGUACUUUCCUUGGUCUUCCCUUCGUUUCCCUUAAUGUGGGUAUCCCCUUACCCGGCCUGUCCAUUUCACUGUCGUGGAUGGAGAACAGAGAGGGCACCACGCAGUCCUGAGGCAGUCCUGUGUGACUCCGUGAUCAGGUUUUUGUUUCUUGUUUUUCUAACUGUCCUUCCAAACCAGCAAGUGUUUGGAAGUUAGGGGAAAAGUUAAAUUCUCACCAACGGUUGCUGUUAACACUUGAAUCAAUAAAGAUCUUGAGUAUCAACUUGGUGCUUUAAUUUUUUUUUUUUUUUAAAUUUCAGGUGAAAUCCUGUUGACAUUUUGGGCAUCUUGCCUGGUGAGGAAGAUGGGCAGAGGCAGUUGGCCACUUCAUGUGUCAGUUCCUCUCAACAUUUACGGAGCACUUUGUCCAUCUGGCCCUGUAUGUGCCAGGAGAUGAAGAGUCUAAGGUCCAAUGUGAAGACGGUUAAACAGUGAAAGACACAAGACACGGAUGCACACCUGAUUUGGUUAGAUUCCAACACCCAUUUCCCCUUAUCCUGUGCAGCUGACAAAUAAACCCGAGAUGGAAAGAGUCCGGGAGCAGCGGACACAACUUAUUUCUGAUGUGUAUUGGCCCAAAGCCCCGUGAGGACCUGCUCUCUGACCAGCAAGAGGUACUCUGUCAAAGCCCAUUCAUCACUGAACUUUCUCCAGCUGGGGCACUCUUCAGGAUGGAGGCUAACAGUCAUUCUUCUCAUUUUUAAAAGGUACUUGUUCAUCCAGGAUCUGUUUCCUGCAAGAAGGACCAAAAGUGCCUUCUUCCCAGGAGGGGAAUGACACCUUCUCGCUUCCCCUGCCCCAGACAGACUGACCCGACAGAUUACCUGACCUGGGAGAUAACCUUUCAGGGCCAACCCAGCUGGCUGGAGAGUGGGGAGCAAAGUCCCUCGAAGUUCUCGAAUGCUUUCCAUUGGGCCGUUCUGGACCCUUCCUCCACCUUAAGAAUGCACUAAACCUUAAGAACACCAAAGUCUCAUAGGUCUAUGGGUUCAGUAGGCCUGGAAUGGGACCCAGGAAUCCCUGCCCUCCUAGAGAGCCUUAUCAGGCAGGUUGAUUGUUGUCAUCGGGAGGUGACGGAGGCAAAGGAAAGGAACACUCAUGGAAGCCGUGCCCUUCAGCGUCUUGGGUCCUGAGGCCGCUGGCAGACUAUGGGUACAACGGCCAGCACAGCCCAGCAGACAGUCUCAGCCAGCACCCCCUUUGAGGGCCUCCAGAACGGCGGCACGAUGGACGGUCGGCACUCACUCAGUGUCCACUCCUUCCAGACCACGGGCUUGCACAACAGUAAGGCCAAGUCCAUCAUCCCCAACAAGGUGGCCCCCGUCGUGAUCACGUACAACUGCAAAGAGGAGUUCCAGAUCCACGAUGAACUGCUCAAAGCCCAUUAUACGCUGGGCCGGCUCUCAGAUGCCACCCCAGAGCACUACCUGGUGCAGGGCCGCUACUUCCUGGUGCGGGAUGUUGCAGAGAAGAUGGAUGUGCUGGGCACUCUGCAGAGCUGUGGGGCCCCCAACUUCCGGCAGGUGCGGGGCGGGCUCGCUGUGUUCGGCAUGGGGCAGCCCAGCCUCUCAGGAUUCAGGCGGGUUCUUCAGAAACUCCAGAAGGACGGACACAGGGAGUGCGUCAUCUUCUGUGUGCGGGAGGAGCCCGUGCUGUUUCUGCGUGCUGAUGAGGACUUCGUGCCCUACACGCCUCGAGACAAGCAGAGUCUACACGAGAACCUCCAGGGCCUUGGACCUGGGGUCCAGGUGGAGCGCUUGGAGCUGGCCAUCCGGAAGGAGAUCCACGACUUUGCCCAGCUGAGCGAGAACAAGUACUGCGUGUACCACAACACUGAAGACCUGCGGGGGGAGCCCCACGCCGUGGCCGUCAGGGGCGAGGACGAUGUGCACGUGACCAAGGAGGUGUACAAGCGGCCCCUCUUCCUGCGGCCCACCUAUAGGUACCACCGUCUGCCCCUGCCAGAGCAAGGGGCCCCCCUGGAAGCCCAGUUUGAUGCCUUUGUCAGUGUCCUCCGGGAGACGCCCAGCCUGCUGCUGCUCCGAGAUGCCCACGGGCCUCCCCCGGCUCUCCUCUUCAGCUGCCAGACGGGCGUGGGCAGGUCCAACCUGGGCAUGGUUCUGGGCACCCUCAUCCUGCUUCACCACAGUGGGACUGCCUCGAGGCCGGAGGCUGCCCCUACGAAGACCAAGCCACUGCCCAUGGAGCAGCUCCAGGUGGUCCAGAGCUUUCUCCACAUGGUGCCGCAGGGGAGGAGGAUGGUGGAGGAGGUGGACAGAGCCAUCACCGCCUGCGCAGAGUUGCACGACCUGAAGGAAGUAGUCUUGGAACACCAGAGGGAACUGGAAGGCAGCCCUCCGGAGACAGCGGUUCGGGAAAGCGGCAGCCAGCGUGGUGUCCGACAGAGGGCGCUGUGGAGCCUGGAGCGAUACUUCUACCUGGUCCUGUUUAACUACUAUCUCCAUGAGCAGUACCCGUUGGCUUUUGCCCUCAGUUUCAGCCGCUGGCUGUGUGCCCGUCCCGAACUGUACCGCCUGCCUGUGACACUAAGCUCAGCGGGGCCUGUGGCCCCUGGGUACCUCAUCACCACUGGCUCCCUGGGGGCAGAUGACCUCAUCUCCCCGGACGCACUCAGCACCGUCAGAGAGAUGAACGUGGCCAACUUUCGGCGGGUGCCCCGUUUGCCCAUCUAUGGCACGGCCCAGCCCAGUGCCAAGGCCCUGGGGAGUAUCCUGGCCUACCUGACCGACACCAAGAGGAAGCUGCAGCAGGUCGUGUGGGUCAACCUGAGAGAGGAGGCCGUGCUGGAGUGUGACGGGCGCACCCACAGCCUGCGGUGGCCUGGGCCCCCCAUGGCCCCUAGCCAGGUGGAGAACCUGGAGACCCAGCUGAAGGCCCACCUGAGCAUGCCUCCCGCAGGCACCCAGGGCCCGCGGACCCACAGGUUCCAGACGUGCCUCACGAUGCAGGAGGUCUUCAGCCAGCACCGUGGGGCCUUCCCUGGCCUCACCUACCACCGCGUCCCCAUGCCAGACUUCUGCGCCCCCCGCGAGGAGGAUUUUGACCGGCUCCUGGGGACCCUGCAGGCUGCCCUCGCCAAGGACCCGGGUACCGGCUUCGUGUUCAGCUGCCUCAGCGGCCAGGGCCGGACCACGACCGCCAUGGUGGUGGCUGUGCUUGCCUUCUGGCACAUCCGAGGCUUCCCCGAGGUGGGCGAGGAGGAGCUCGUGAGCGUGCCGGAUGCCAAGUUCACCAAGGGCGAGUUUGAGGUGGUGAUGAAGGUGGUGCAGCUGCUGCCUGAUGGACACCGCGUGAAGAAGGAGGUGGACGCGGCGCUGGACACGGUCAGUGAGACCAUGACGCCCAUGCACUACCACCUGCGGGAGAUCAUCAUCUGUACCUACCGCCAGGCGAAAGCGGCCAAGUCAGAGCGGGAGGCCCGGAGGCUGCAGCUGCGGAGCCUGCAGUACCUGGAACGCUACGUCUGCCUGGUGCUCUUCAACGCGUACCUCCACCUGGAGAAGGCCGGCUCCUGGCAGAGGCCCUUCAGCACCUGGAUGCGGGAGGUGGCAGCAAAGGCCGGCAUCUACGAGAUCCUCAACCAGCUGGGCUUCCCCGAGCUUGAGAGCGUGGAGGACCAGCCCUUCUCGAGGCUGCGCUGCCGGUGGCAGGAGCAGAGCCACAGCCCCGAGCCCUCCGCUGCAGGGGACUUCCUGUAGGAAUGGGACUUCCUGUAGGAUGCACUCCCCCCUGCCCCUGCUAUCGUCGCCUCCCGCAGGGCCACCUCCUACCCUCGCAGGCUGGGGGUGCUGGUGCUCUUCACUGACAGUGGCCCUGACAAAUGAUUCCUCAGCUUAGCAGAGAGACUGGCAUGGGUGGGGACCCCUUUUCUGAAAGAAUUUUUAUAGGACAGUUGGCGCACAGUGAUACCUUGUGAAUGGCAGGCGCAGGGAGGGCCUGCAGGAAGGCCGGUGUGGCAUCACGUCUCCAAGGAGCUCACUCCCCAAAUUGCCAAGCGAAGCCCCUCGCCACUUCGCGCUCCCCUCUCCCCCGAGUGGCUCUGAUGGCCCCUGGCGCAGAGCAGCCCUGGCCAGUGUUGGUUUCCCUCUUUCCCUCUCUCGUGGCUCUCCCAUGCGGCUUCUCCCAUUUUGUUGCCUGAGCACUGCCCUGGGGGCCCCGGGCUACCUGGGGAGUGGAUGGUGUGCUGGCUGAUUUGUUACCUUAAAGGCAGCUUUACCCAGUUUUCUUGUCUCUUAUGCCUCGUCUCAACCUGGAGACUUGAAGAAGGAUGAUCACACGCCCGGUGGGUCCCACAGGGGCCCCUGCCUCUCCUUCCUUUGCCCUCUCCCCUCCCCUGGGCUGGCGGGACUGUGGAGGUUUCCAGGGAGCUGAAAACGAAAUGGAGUCCCUCUUGGGGGAAGAAAGAGCUUCCAGAAGGUGCAUGCAGCCCUGUGGAAAAGGCCAGCUCCAUUUCUCUGGAACCAUGGGCGGGAGGUCUAGGGAAGCACUGCCUCCCUGCCCCGCCAUCCAGAGUGGCCUGUGCCCCGACCUGCUGUGGCAGGAGCCCCAGAGACUUCUGGGUGACCCUGAGCGAGCAGUGGGGCAUGUGAGAGUGGGCCAAGGAUGGCGUGGGGGGGCACUUGGAUUCCAGGCCAUCCUUGCUGAGCAUCCUUGAGCUGCCUUCCAGUGGGGGCAGAAGGGGCCAAGUGCUGCUGAGUUAGCAGCUGCCGGGACCAGCUCUGGGCAGACGGUGGGAGGGUUGCUCGGAGAGGCAGGCGGUGUUGAUCUGAGUCUGCGGCUCUCCCUCUGGGGGCUGGUGUCCCCCUGAAGCACAGGGGCUGAAUGGUGUGGACGCUGUCCUCCUGGCCUGGCUCGUUGGGGCCAGGGAGGUCUUUCUUGGUUGGACACCAGCACUUGUGCAGAGAAACAGGUGAUGUGUCACCGGUCAUGGUGUUUUGAAAAGGGGGAAGAGGCCAAAGUUGUUCACAUCUACCUAGUGCUGGAAAAUUUAUGACCAUUUUGGCUGAAUUCUUUUGCAAACCUACUGUAUGUCUGUUCACUACCUUUUCAGAUUUGUUGUUGUUUUUGGUUUUAUUUUUGCAUGUAGUAAAAAGUGUUAAUUUUGUUGCAGACAAGGUCUAGAUGAGGGGUCAGAGAUCAGGGCUGAACUGGGAGGGAUCCUUUGCAUUCUCACGGUUGGUCCUGACUUUUAGCUGUGCUGGGACUACUGGCUGGUCACAUCACCUUUCUGCAUCGGUUUCCCCAUCUGUAAAAUGGGAGAAUAAUACUUGCCUACCUACCUCACAGGGGUGUUGUGAGGAUUCAUUCGUGAUUUUUU